AUGAGAACCGAUACAGAACUGAAAGAGAUCUUUGUAAGAUUGGAGUCAUGGGAAGCAAAGUGGCUGGUGCGCCUCGUGCUUCGAGAUUACUGCACCAUCGUGCUGGAUGAAGACUACAUGUUUGAGCAGUAUCACUUCCUAUUGCCAGAUCUCCUUUUGUUCCAGAACGAUUUCGACGCCGUCUUUGGCAUGCUUCGAGGAGAACUGAGCUGUUACCCUGCUGUACCUAAUGACCUUGAGGAGAGAUCGAUGCGUGCAGAAGCGGCGCAAAGGUUGAGGCCAGUAGUCGGCGUCAAAGUAGGGCGCCCGAAGUUCCAAAAAGCAUGGAUGGCUGGCAACCACGCUUGGGCUGCGGAGAACAAGUACGAUGGCGAGUACUGCGAGAUCCACAUUGACUUGAAGAAUACGCCCGGUAAUAUUAAAAUCUUUUCUAAAAAUGGCAAGGACGCGACCGCCGACCGUAUGUCAUUGCACAGUACCAUCCGGGAAGCUUUGCGUGUCGGCCGUUCGGAUUGUGCGUUCCAGUCCAAAUGCAUUGUGUUGGGCGAGAUGGUACUGUACAGCGACAAAGAGAAGAAAAUCAUGCCAUUCUCCAAGAUCCGGAAGCAUAUCUCGCGUUCCGGCUCGUUCAUCGGUACUCUACAGGAUUCUCUGCCACACGAAUGGGAACAUCUGAUGAUCGUUUUCUUCGAUGUGUUAUUGUUAGACGAGCAGACAGUCUUACGUCAUUGCCUCCAGGAGCGCCGCAACCUGCUCAGAAAAUUAGUCACGGUCAAGCCGGGGCGAUCGAUGCGCUCGGAGUGGUCCCUGCUCGACUUCAAGACAGGGGACGGCAUCAUGGACCUUAAGGAGAUAUUCGCCCGAAAUCUUGCUAGUCGCCAAGAAGGUCUUGUAUUAAAACCACUCCAUGAACCUUACUUCCCACUGUUAUAUGGACAGGGGUAUCAUCGACCAAGUUACUUUAUCAAGCUUAAAAAAGACUACUUGGCUGAUAUGGGGGGAGAGCGCGAUCUAGGCGACUUCGCAGUCAUCGGCGCGAGCUUCGAUGCGCGCGUUGCUCCGAAGUCAGAUGUGCGGCCCUUGCACUGGACGCACUUCUACCUCGCGUGUUGCACGAACAGAGUUGCCGUAGACCGAGUAGGUGCCAAACUCAACUUCAAAGUCGUCGCUACGGUGAGUCUAGACCAAUGUGUACCCAAGCCAGACCUCAAGUACUUGAAUGUACAGGGCUACGUGCGACAAGCGAAGCUGCAUGAGGAUGGGUCGACAGACAGUUUCGAUAUCGAACACUCAAACGGGUACGACCGUCACAUGACGGCCGCGUUCAAAGUACCGUUUGUCGCAGAAGUCUUAGGUGGGGGCUUUGAAAAACUACAAAACCAGACCUUCGAGAUGUUGCGACAUCCUAGAGUCACGAAGCUCCACAAUGAUCGAGCGUGGCAGGACUGUGUAACUCUUGAAGAGCUCGAGAACAUGGUUGAACAAAAGUGGGUUGUUCCAGACGCAGACAAACUCGACGGACAUGCCAAAGAAGUGGCCCUGCUGGCUACCAAAGACGCAGCAACCAACGCUGAACACAUGCACGAGCGUGUCUUCCUCAAUGCAUUACUCUGGCAGUACACAAGGUGCUGGUACCCGGGCAUCAAGCCAGGUUCGGAUUCUUGUUCAUAG